AUGGAAGCUUCAACCGAUGCCGUGCAUGCUCCAACCGUCGCAGGUAUCUCCGGUAAUGCAACAGUCGGUGCAUACUCCGUCGCCCUCAGCGGAGGAUACCCAGACGAUGUGGACCUUGGCGAAGCCUUCACUUACACCGGUUCUGGUGGUCGUGAUUUGAAAGGAACCAAACAAAAUCCGAAGAAUCUACGUACAGCUCCUCAGACGUCGGAUCAGACAUUUGAAAAUUCACUCAACGCCGCUCUCAAGCGUUCGGCAGAGACGAAGAAACCUGUCAGAGUUAUCAGAGGUUUCAAAUUACAAUCCCCUUACGCACCCACGGAAGGGUAUAGGUACGAUGGGUUGUACACUGUCGAAAAAGCCUGGAUGGGAACUGGUCUGACGAAUGGAUUGUUGGUCUGUCGAUAUGCUUUCAAAAGGGUCCGGGGACAAGAUCCUCUGCCUGUGAGGGAUUUGGAGAGGGAAAGAAUGGAGAUGGAAGAGGAAUGA